CAGUGGCCAGAAUUUUUUGACAUCCCAACAUUUUCAGUUGAUGUACAAUAUAGACUUAGGCAAGCAGAUCUGCUUUUUAUGAGUGAGGGAACACACCUUAAAGUAUCAAAAGAACUAAAACACGAGAUACUUGAAAGAUUGGCAGAGAGCAUGUAUAGCUACACGGCAUAUCCAACUGCUGCUCAGUUCGAAAGUGUUGCAGCAGCACUGAUUAGCAAACACCCUUGUCUCCAGGAGCAAGGCUCAACCACUCGCUGUUGUGGUUGGAAAAAUAGUCUAAAACAUAAAAUGGCUAAUUAUAGAACAAAGCGCAGGCAAUCAGGAUGCCUUGAUGUUGCAGUAAAUGCCGGUAAGCUGGGAAGGCAUUCAGCAGGACAACCAGCUAACAAGCGCAUCAAAAAGGCAAAGAAAGGUGAAAUCAACUACCUGCCCAACUUUCCGGAUGGAUAUGAUCAGCCAGCCCUGGAGGCAGCCUGCAAAGACUUGAUUGAUGAAAUGCAGAAGAAAACACCGAAUGCAUCUCUUGUGAAACAGAAGAUGGAUCAGACGUUCGCUCUGAGAAGAAAAGAGGUUGUGGAUUCGGAACCUGCCAUAAGCAUGAUGGUGAAACGCUGGCCUGCCCUCUUUACUGAAGAUCAGGUCUUCAUGGAGUUCAGCAGGAUUGUGAGCAAGAACCUCAAGCAUGAAUUCUAUGAGAGCAUCGACCGGCACAGUCCUCGGCUCCUUGAGUUAUUUCGAUCCAAGAGAGGGAAUGUUGGACAGUUGUUGACACAGAUUUCACAACAGACAAAUACAACAGACCCAACUGCGAUCCGGACACAUGUGCUCAGAGGGCUUCCAAUCAUCCUGGGGGACAACCCCACAAACUUCUUCAAAGCAGGCUUUGAGUCUGAUGAUGAGUCGUUCCGUGACCUUGACAUCGGGAUACUACUCGUUGAGCGUGAAGAUGCUGUGGCCACAUCUUCCCAUCAUCUCAGUCCAGCCUCGUUGAAAAUCAUCAUUGAGGGAGAAGUUGUGAUGAGAGACAUUGAAGAUCUGCCAAAAGCAAUGUGCAUUCUGUUUGGACUCACAUAUGCACUCCAUCUUAACUACCCUAAGACAAUGAAGCUAACAUUUCUGUUCAUCCAGCAGGUAUUGCUCUCAUUAGGCCACAGUGACCUAAAACCAAAGCUACAGACUUUGAAAAAUCAGCUCACAAUGUAAAGAGAUGUCAGCUCUCUUGGGAUAAGCUUUAACUGUUUUUUUGUUUUUGUUUUGCUACUGGUAAAAACACUUUGACUAUCGGGUAAACCUUUUUUAUUUACUGGAAAACAUGCAUGUUUAAAAUGCAGACAUACACAAGCAACAGACUCAUUCAACACCUACUCACAACACAGUCCCAUACAUAAAAAACACUGACACUUUAACAAUAUACACAUUUAAAUACUGAAUGAUGGGCGUAGUAUGAAAAUUUAAAUUGAGAGGAGUUGUGGCAAACAUAUCACAUUGUUUCAGUUAUUGUUGCAUCAUUAGUCUAUGAAGAUGGAGUUGGAUAUUGUUCUGAUAUCUCUGUUGGUUCAUGUGCUGGCCUCCCUUCAUUUAGGCAAAUCAAGCAUUCUGUUUGUAAUCUUUUGUACAUUUGAGCAGAUGCUUCUUGACCUUUUUUGUUAUGGAUUUACCACUAUAAUUUCCAGUCAAAUGCAUGUUUUUUCUGGUGAAUAUGUUAUGCAUUCAACACCCCCACACGAAACCAACACAGACAACACCAACAAACAGCAUAGACACAGACAACACCCACACAAAUUCAGCAACCACACAUUUUUUCAAUAAUUUGAAAUGACCUUCUUAAGAUUAAUUAUUAUAGGUUGGAUGUGUUAAUGUUCACCUACUGAUAAGUUUAUAAGAAAAUGUAUUGUUUUCUGCAUUUUCCACCAAAAUAAAAUGCA